AUGCAGAUGAAGCCGUUUCUUGACAUCUUCGGUAUAAUUGUGGCCAAAAUAAAUUUUUAUGCAGCCGUCAUUCAAAAUGAGCUAUAUGAUGAUACUAGACCAAUAAUACCGACACCAUCAACUAUUAGCUCGCUGAGGCUCUGGGAAGAACAUGAUUCACAAAUGCUUCCCUCAAGUAGCAACAUAGGGACUUCAGCGGGUUUCUCUUCAGUUUCUCAGUCGGGUGAAUCCCAGCAUGCAGUGGACAUUCUUGAAGAAUUUGCUGCACCUCUAGUCAAUAUCAUCGAUGAGGAUUUUAUAGACUUCACGGAUACAUAUCAUCUUGUUAGCUCAAGAGACGCAUACACUGAAUUUAUAAGAGCGUGCCAGAUAGUUUUGACAUUCGAACCACUAAACAAGUCUCUCGAGCUCAGCAAUAUAAUGAAGUGGCUCCUUGAAGUCGCGAAUGUCGUCAUGUUAGAUGUCAAGAGAGUGUUGAACGGCUAUGUUGAAGAACAUGAUCUACAGUAUACUAAUUUUCAGGCAUUUGCAAUAAUUGAUGUAAUGUCUUACGUUUCUGAGAGUAUGAAAGGAUCCAGCUUCACAAAGAAGGAGCGAUUAUGCGAACAGCUUGGAGUCCUACUUCGUGAAGUUCAUAACAAAACGAUUCCGAAGAGACUAAGAGAUGUUGAUAACAAAAUUGUAGCCUUUCCUCACAUCAAAUCUCUUAUUAUAGAGGUGUUGGGGAACCUAUGCUACCACGAUUCGAAAAUUCAAAAUUUGCUUCGUGAACAUCAUAUCCUCGAACUUAUUCUAUCCAAUUGUAUUAUUGAUCACGACAAUCCCUUUUUGAAAGAACGCUCAAUAUUGUGCAUUAAGUUUGCAUUGAAGAAUAACGCUUUAAAUCAACUGUUGAUAAGGAGCUUAGAGGCGAGACUGGUUGUGGACGGAUCGGUGUUCCGAGAUAUUGGCGUCGACGUGAAGAUAGAGAACGGCAAUGUAUCGUUGAGUAAGGACAAACCUAUUUAG